AUGUACCCCAACAUGAUUGGCUAUGUGGUGGCAGUUGCCCUGGCGGCUAUGGCUGUGACGGUCUUGGCUCGUGGUGGUGGCGAGGAGACCAAGUCGCCAGCGACUUUUCCUGUCGGGCACUCUACGAGUCAUGAGCUGAUCGAUGUGGAGAAGCGUGCUGAAGCGCCCCUUCUCGCCGCUGGUGGUGGCCUUGUUACCAUCAUUCGGGAGGCAUAUCCCAACAUUACCACUUGCUCGGUCAAGAUCUUUGAUCCCUCUACUGGUGACGCUACCGUCUUGGUCGAUGAUGUCUCCACUGUCUGCCAAGAUCGGAGCUCGGCAAACUCGCGUGCGUCGUCGGCUUGGCUUCCGCCGACUGCAGUUACAGAGCUCCACAAGAAUGGUGUCUUGGACAGUCAGCCCUCUGCUGCUGGUCUGCUGCUGGUAACCACCGGCUCGGGCAAGUAUGUGUGGGGCAUCAACGUGGCGACGGGCGCCUUGUCCAAGGUCGCCGCCCUGCCUGCCGGGCUCGACGUUGUGUCGAUCGGCUACGACGCGAGCACUCUGAAGAUCUUUGUGCUCAGCACCGACGCACUUUACUUGGUGGCCAACGGCGACGUGACCAAGGUGUAUUCGGGCAUCUCGCUCAACUCGAUCACUGCCGCCGUCGCCUGGUCCGGCACCGGCUCGCUCUACGCUGCCGACGCCAGUGGCCACCUGCUCACUCUGGACCUGGUCAACUACAGGUUGUACUCGACAGCGCUCUCCAUCUCGGUCCUUAACCUCGACUGGCUCGGUGCCAACAACACGCUUGUUGCCCUCGCCUCGUACGAGCUCUAUGACGUCGAUCCCGUCGACGGAUCGCUCUCUAAGCUGUGGAAGGUGCCCGACGGCAACGGCUAUCCUGCCACCCACACCGUCAACGACUUUGUCUACUACGUCGCCGACUUUCAGAACCUCUACACAGUCUCGCUCUUUGACUACAGCAUCCUCGACAAGGUUGCGUUUGAUGGCUACUUUACUGUCGGCGGCAUCCACUAUGUUGCCGCAUCAACCUCAUAA